GAGCUCUAGCAUGACCCCGGAAGUGUUAGCUUGAACGCGCUCGCGAGCAUAAAACAAACGAGAAAAAAAAUGAAAUAUACAUUUUCAGUAAAGACUGUUGACAUAAACACGAGGUGGAAAAAAACUAUAGACAAAAUGUACACUUAUUUCCCCACGAGAACGUGUUUGACUCACUUCCACGUGUCAUUGUGAUGUGUAUAGCACCGCAUUAGGGUUUCACAUUAUUAGCCCAUGUAGUGCACGUAUGCAGGGCGUAUAGAGUUGUUUGGGAUUUAAUCCGGCUGCCUGUAAUUUGAUAUCAAACCUGAAAGUUGUCUUUACACAAAGAGUAAUGUGUUUAAAAUAAAUGGAAGCGACUUCAGAAGAUAACUGCGAUCUGCAGCGACAGGUUGAAGAAAUCGAAGCACUUUCAUCUAUUUAUGGGGACGAGUGGUGUGUGAUCGACGAGGCGUCGAGGGUGUUUUGUAUCAGAAUAUCAGAUGACAUUUCUGAACAGAAAUGUUCAGUUUGUUUACAGGUCAUACUACCUGAAGAUUACCCGAGCUCCUCACCUCCAAUAUACCAAAUAAAUGCUGCAUGGUUAAGAGGUCCAGACAGAAUUACACUGUCAAACAGCCUCGAGGAACUCUAUCUGGAAAAUCCUGGAGAGAGCAUCCUGUACCUGUGGGUGGAGAAAAUUAGAGAAUUCCUGGUAGACAGGUCACAAGACGAAAACACAGCAGAUGGACUGGAGCCACAGUAUGCAAAAAUGACAGAGGAACAGGAUGACGACUUGGAUGAGGGUGAAUUUCCAGAUUACAGCGUCCUGAGGCUCAGCACUGUGCAGACGCAUCCUUUCUCUGUCUCCUCCGCAGAUUCAGAUGAGGAGCUCCCAGUAAUUAAACAUGGCGAGGCAAUCACAGACAGACGCAGCACAUUUCAACCUCAUUUAGCUCUUGUAGUGACAUCUAAACAGGUCCAGAGGGUGCUAGACAAACUGUAUGAAAACAAGAAAAUUGCAAGUGCCACCCACAAUAUAUACGCAUACAGGAUUUACUGUGAAGAUAAAAACACAUUCCUACAGGAUUGUGAGGAUGAUGGAGAAACGGCUGCUGGUGGGAGACUGCUUCAUCUACUGCAGAUUCUGGAUGUAAGGAACGUGCUAGUGGUGGUGUCACGAUGGUACGGUGGAAUCCUGCUCGGCCCUGACCGCUUCAAACAUAUCAACAACUGCGCAAGGAACAUCCUUGUUCAAGAAGGCUAUGCUGAAACCUUGCUUCAAAAUGACAGGCUCUCUGGACUUCAUGGUUUAUCCUUUUAUCAACAAAUGCUGUCCUCACAAGUGAAACCCAGGGCUCAAACUAAGAGCAGAAAUUCAGAGCUAUUGAUUGUUUAAACAGGGCACAUCCUGGCAAUAGGAAACACAUGAUCCAAUAAUUUUUCACACAAAGGUGUCAUGAUUUAGGUUGUUUAACACAUUUACAUUAAAAUAUCGGAAAAUCUGUUGAUGAAUUUCAUCUCUUACAAUAUUGAUAUUCCUCUUUUGAUCUCAAGCACAAAUGUUUUUGGUGUAUAGAAAAAAAAACAAAAGAAAUUAGCCAUGCUGUUUUAUGUUUUCAGAUGGGACUUUGUCAAUGCAACACGUUAUCAUCUAAGCAUUUAUUUGUUUGUUUGUUUGUUUAUUUAAGUAUUUUUUAUCUUAGCAUUUUUGCAAUUUGAUCCCAAUCCAUGUAACAGACCCUUACAUCUUAUUUGGGGUUUGUUUCAAGUAAAGUCAGGUCAGGCAUUUCCCACUUGACACUUUGGGGCUUAAGGGAGCUAUUUAGUACCAAAACAAGAAAAAAGAGAAAUUAUGGACAACGCAUUGGUUGGGGAUACAUGGGUAGAAGCCCAGCAAGGAUUAUCUGUUGUGCAAAGAGAUGUUAAUGUAUUAGGAAAGAAAGACAUUUUUAUACUGUGCAUUGCCACUGAUCAUAAAGUGUAUGUUUUUAUUUACGGUGUUCCAGAAAUCCAUUCAGCAUUUUUGUGGGCUUACAUUUUGCCCUCUCUUACCCACAUAAAUGGAUGAUGAAUUGGCUUGUCUUAUUAUUAUUGUUGUUGUUGCUGUUGUUAUUGUUAUUACUGUGAUGAUUAUUCUUAUUAUUAAUCUUAUUAUUAUUAUUAUUAUUAUUAUUAUUAUUAUUAUUAUUAUUAUUAUUAUUAUUAUUAUUAUUAUUUUUAAUAAUAAUAAUAAUAAUAAUGUUCUUGUCAUAUCUGAAUUAUAGUGGUAGGACUAUUAAUACACUGGAUGAUGAUAAUGAUGACUGAUAAUGACAAUGACUAAUAAUGACUGAUGAGGAUGAUGAAGGUGAUGAUGACAACAGUCUGAGAGCAUGCAUGUUUUGGUCCAUAUGCAUGCAGGAAGUGUUCUUCCUAUGAAAUGCACAGAUGCUGAAUAUCAUUAGUUCCCCGCUGUGCAAAUUAAAUGAGUGACUCAUUUCCCCAAACAUGACAGAAGUCUGCUUAACAAACAAGUCAGACCUUCUUUGAAAACAGGCUGCUGAUUAAAUUCACUGGGACUUCAUUAGUGUAAAAAGGGGAAAUGUGUUAAAAGGCAAGCUUAAGAAGAGAAUUUUGUGGUUGUUAUGCUGCUAUUAACCAUCUUUUCCCUCCUGGCCACAGUAUUUUUAGUGACUGUAAUAAGGUGACAGUUACUGUCAUUGUGAAGUAAUUAAUGCUCGCAAACUGCCUUGACACAUAUGAUCUGAGUUGCUAGUUUAAUGGAUGCACUUAUUGCUUAAAGUGACAACAAAAAUCAAAACUGUGUUACAGCACCGUCAGUAGCUAGUAGUAGCAGUAGCUGCAGUCUUUACAAGAGCUGUUGAUUUUACUGGAUAUUUUACAAGCUGUACAUUUUAAAUAAAAAAAUCAUACUAAUUCAUUAUAACACUUUAAUUUCAUAUUUUAUACAUUUAUAUUAUAAUCUUCUGUAACUACUAUGAUUGUACAAAUAUAGCUAGCUAACUAAGGAGGUACUCAAAAGGUAUUUUUGGUGCUAAGAACAUAGCAAGUAGCUAAUAACACUUGCUAGCUAAAAGAAAGUACAAGAUAAAGUAUACUGAAGUAUACUUCAGUAAAUAAUAUUUUUAAUUUUUAUUUAUUAUUAAUUAUUAUUAUUAUCAUAUUUUUUUUAAAACAUAAAUAUUUUGGUCUGAUUAAAUGGAUGGAAGGUUGAAUAUGUUUAUGAUCAUGUUUAAACCUGAAAAAAUAUUAUAAGAAAUAAUAUUGUUGAUAUCUAUUGUAAUUACACUAUUAAAUGAAACACUUUCUGUGCUGUUAGUACUACUGGUAAAGCUUUUAUUGCUGAAGUGAUUUACAAUUUUAGCAUUUUAAUCAGAAUAAGAAAUACUAUAUUAAUCCCCAGGAAGAAACUGGAUAAUAAGAGAAUAGAAACAAAAGGCCUUAAUACGAUACAGAAUAUAUCAUGGUUAACAUUUUAACACUAUCUGAAAGAUUUUUGUUCUCUGGAUGUCAAAUUCAGAAAUAACAUCCCUGCAUUUCUGAUUUCUUUUUAGUGUAAAUGAUAUUUAUGUUCAAAAAAUUAACCUGUGUUGCUAUGUUCAGUGGGUCUUUUAGAUUUAUUUUUAUACCUGAAGUGGUCCCUGGUUCUAAACACUUUGAGAUCCCUGCCUUGCUAUGAUUGCUGGUUAUUUAGAUUUCUUACGUUGAAAUAAAAUGGCUACUGCAGGCAACUCACCAUAGUGCUUUCAUGCAAAGAUGACCUUUAUUAGUCUGUAAAAGGAAAAUGUGUGUGAAGAUGUUCAUGGACUGUUUUUGAACAUUCCUCUGGUGACAUCCUAAAGCACAGUCCUAUAUAUUUCCCAGAGAAUAUAAUAAAUAUAUACAUUAUCUCUUAGUAAUAUUCCAUGUAUUGCUUUUGAUUUUGGGAAUUGGUUUGCACAUAUGAUGUCAGGUUUCUUUCUGACGCCAGUACCGUCACUGGAGGCUUGGUUAGUUUCAGUUUACAAAAGAUCAGCCCUGAAAGAGAUAUGGUUUUAUUACUGCCUGUUAUUUCAAAUGUUCCUGUCAAGUUGUUUUGCUACUCAGGCUUUAUGUUUGAAGUAAGUGGAUUUCAGCUUUUCUUUCAGCUCGCCUUGUGUUCUCCCACUUUUUUCCAAUGUUUUCUUUCUCUUACCUUUUUUCUUCUUCAGGAUGAAGCAUCUAAACCAGGGGGAAAGAGCAAAAAGCCCAAAAACAAGAAGAUGAAGUGAAGUCGCCUGUGUUCGUGUUUGUGUGUGCCUCAGUGUUUUUAUAUAGUCUCUCAGGGAUGCGUGUGUCACCAGGCAGGUGCGAGAGGAUAAGGGGCUAAACGCAGCAGAAGAAAAGAAGCUUUGAUUAAAGUAUAAAGGAAGAAAUCAUUUCUAAACAACAUUCAUUAUGUCAUACUCAAAAUAUAUAUAUAUCCGAAACGGGAUUGUACAUACAUUUUUAAAAAUAAAAACUAGACAAGGACAUUCA